UCCAAAAAAAAAAUCAUAAUGUGAAUCAGGAGUCAGACAACCAAAAAAAAAAUUAUGGAAUGUUCAGAUGUAAUAUUAAGUGCGAAAUUCCACCGUUCAAUAUGAAAACUUCAUGGAUAUUGGCGGCAUUUGGAAUUCUCAUUUCUCUCAGUCAUCAUGUUGGAGGAACCUCCAACAACACCAAGAAGAGAUCUUCUGAAGAGUACUAUCAAAUAAACUACGAUUACGAACUGUUCAACAACAACAGUCUAGACGUGGAAUUUUCAUCAGAUUCCUUGAUCCUGCCCAUUCCUGAUGACACAACAGCCUUGGAUUCUUCAGAAAGUUUGGAUAAGACGGAAAGAAUCGUAGAUGGCGAUUUGAAAGAGCACGAUUUCAUAGAUAACCUGAUGUACAUUUACUACGGACCUGGCAACAAGAAUGGGCGUAAGCUUUACUCAUCGCAAAUCAUUAUAGGAGGUUCUGUUCUCAGCACCAUUGCUCAGAUUUCCACCAUUCUGCUGAUACUGGUGAAGAAAGACGUCCAUACCAAGAAGGACCUGAAGGAGUUAUUCUUGCACUUGAUGUUUUCGUUUUGCGUCACGAAUAUAGCUUUCAUUCUGGGGAUUUUUAAAACGAAAUACUUUCUGGAAUGCCUCACGGUAGCUUUACUGUUGACUUACUUCCAUUUAAUGUCUUCUGUUUGGAUUUUUCUUUACUGUUUCCAUAUUUUCAAAGUUUUUUGUCGUAAGGAGGAUGUGAAGAGAAAAUACUACUUCAUGUGUGGUUAUGGACUACCUGUGCUGUUUUCAUUGGUGUCAUUUUUGCUGGCACCCCAGAGCUACGAAACCCGAAAAUACUGCUUCAUGUCUGUCCAAAGGGGCAUGAUAGUGAACUACAUGGUCCCUGUUUUCUGCCUGAUGAUCAUGACGGCAGUCUACUGCAUCAAGGGCAUCGGCAUAUUCAACAUGGAAUUGAACACCCUUCAGACCAACAGCAAUCUGGACUGUAUCACCCUGUACAGCGCCCAGAUAGAGGUGGUAAUGGGAAAAAAGUGCUCAAACGUUGACGCUGUAAACUUGAGGGCCUCGAAGUCGUGCUUGAGGAGAUUAUGCGCCAUGCAGACGACAUAUGAUUUAGUUUGGUUCUUCUUGGUCCUGGCCUUGGAGAAUAUCAAGGAGGGGAGUUCUAUGGCUAUAGUUUAUGCCUUCACCAACUGUUGCUUGAAUUGGUAUAUUUUCGCUGAACUCAAAGUGUUCUUUCCCAACACAAACAAGCCAAAGAUCAAGGAGGUUGCCGCUGGUGAUGUCCCCAAACAAUGCAACGGAGUGGAAAAUAUUGAUUUUAGUCCUGUCACCUCGGAAUGCAAGCAAGGAUCAUCUGACAGCGUUCCUUUACUUAUAGAGAGCACAGAAUUGAAAAUAUUGCACCAUAACCCCAAUAUCAGUACAAUUAGUAGUUAGAAUGAGAAUUUUAUACCUAUGACAAUGUGUUGCCAAACCUAUAGGUCGGAUCAGACAAGAUGAAAGAGUUGAGAUUAAUAAACAAGUUUAUUUAAA